GGAACUUCCAUCCAACAAACCUCCUCACACCCUUCACCCUAGCAAAUCUCGUCCCCGAGGAAACGCGAAUCAAAAUGGCCGACAAACUCCGCACAAUCCAGAACCUGGAGGCUAUGCAGGCCCGCUAUGUCGGCACAGGCCACGCAGACACCACCCGCUACGAAUGGGUCUCGAACAUCGUCCGCGACAGCUACGCCUCGUAUGUCGGCCACGCGCCCCUGCUAUCGUACAUGGCGGUUGGCAUGGGCGAGCCCAAAGAGAAAGUGCGCGCACAGAUGAUUGAGAAAAUGGUGAGGGGGGCUGGGAAUCCACCGGAGACGCAAGAAUAACGAAUUGUUUGUGGUUUCGGAAUCUUGAUUCUGGGUUGCAUGGGCGCUUGGGGCGUCUUUCCUGCUCGCUCUGCCCUGAGCGAUCCAUUUCGUGACUCGUUUGCGCCUACGCUUUUACGACUUAUUGGCGAUAACUCUUUUCUUUGAAUUGGGAGGCGGCGCGGGAAUAGAGGCUGCUUUGGCUGUGUUUGGGUGGUCGGUUUGCGUGUCGCAUGCUGAUAACCUUGCUGUUCGUCUCGACCGGGAUCGCUGCGUGGUGAUGGACAUAAUAAGAUAAUGGCGCUGCAAUAUCGUUGCCUGGAUGAGGAUAAGCAUGAACGACACCCUCCCAGGAAGGACCAAGUGCAAGAUUGAGCUCAAGGGCUGAGGGGCCCAGGGGAUAUGUGCAGCAUCCAUCUGCUACGGAGUCAACCGGUCUGGUUGAGGGGCUGUCUGUCUAUACAUGUACUACUAAGAGACACAAUUCUAUCGAACAGA